UGCAUUUGCGUUCAGCGACCACUUGGAGUGAUUCAUGGAAAUGGCCUGCAGUUUGGAUUAUGCGAACUACUGCAGCGAGAUCAACGCACUUUUCCCCCAGUACUGGCCUGCUCAAGGUUACUCCGAGAUAAACUGCAACCACACGAACGAUUCGGGCAAAGCGGCAUGCCGGGACUUCCUGCGAGGGGUCCAGAAAGGGACCCAGAGGCGGCGGAAAAGAACCACAUUCAGUAAGGGGCAGCUGGGCGAUCUGGAAAGAGUCUUUUCUCUCACUCACUACCCUGAUAUCAAACUAAAGGAGUCCUUGGCUACAAUGACUGGACUUCCCGAGUCCAAAAUACAGGUGUGGUUCCAAAACCGACGCGCUCGCUACUUCAAGAGCAAGAAACAGGCUACUCUGCAGACCCCUCUGCCUUCGAGGUGUCCCUCUCCUAGCCUGCUUGAUCCUCCUCGGGUAGCUUGUGGCUUUGGGGCAGACAGCCAGCUCCAGGCCCAGACUAUGUCAUCUUCUCAGGUAUCGGGCUGUGCAGCUACGCACAGUUUGCCAGCUGCUCUGAGCCCUGUUCUGCAGCAAGGAACUGCGCAACCCAGAAACGGCGCCCCCUGGAGCUCUGGAGGUACUUCAAGGCCAUACUGGGAUUUUGACUCCUGCCAGGGUGGCAGAAUGCCUCCUUGUGCACCCAAGAGUGCCGGAGACAUUGUUACCUGGGGAGACCCAUGCGGAGAUGCCCUCAGCACGUGCUACAGUGUGGCUGACCAGACUGUACCAUUGGUUGCUCAACCACUGCAAUACCACGAUCAUGCCUACAGGGGGAGCCAGCAAGCACAAUUCCAUGAUGAUAUGCCUGAAUUGUGUUCUCACGUUUACAAAGACUUUCAUUUGACAGACCUAGAGUUUUCUGUUGCUUUGAUGGAUUACUUUCUCAGCUGAGAUUAAUAACAGUGGCAUUAAAUUUAAUUCCAUAGAUAUUAUCAUUAUUCUUUGUAAUUAUGCAUUUAUAAUAGGCGGUAUGUAAAACAAAAUGGUAAAAUGUUUAUUUAAUAUUGGCACUUUAGGAAGUGUACCUGAUGUCGGCAGUGUGUAUGCUGAAUGGAAACUUUAUUUCAAUUCUAAAUAAAAAAAAAUACAUCAGUCAUUUA